CAUGAGGAAAAAAAAAGAAAACCCAAAAAAAACCUAAUUCAUGAUAAUUUCGUUUAUAUAACAACUAAUAGGAAACCCUUAUGAUUCACAAACUAUUAAAGAUCCAAAACAAAUUUUAAGGUUAAAGCUUUCUCCAAGAACAAGAGACGUUCAAACUUAAACCCACCACGCUACAAGACAGCAACACAAGAAAAAAAUGGCUUUUCUGAGAAGUUUCAUGGGUGCUAAACAAAUAAUGCGAAGAAGGGAAUCAUCAUCAUCAGCAUCGUCGACACCAAGAGGAUUCAUGGCGGUUUACGUUGGAGAGAAUGAUCAAAAGAGGAAGAGAUAUGUGGUGCCGGUGUCAUACUUAAACCAGCCAUUGUUUCAAGAAUUGUUAAGUAAAUCUGAGGAAGAGUUUGGUUUUGAUCAUCCUAUGGGGGGCUUAACCAUACCGUGUCAUGAAUCUUUGUUCUUCACAGUCACAUCUCAGAUUCGAUGAAUUACAAGAACAUAAAGUACUUACAAUACAAUGUAGAGAUUUUUUUAGCUGAUUUCCCCACUGGAAAUAAUUGUAAAUUGUUUCAGUGAGAGGAAUAUACACAUACAUGAUACGUACAGCGUGCUUAUGAAUCAUUAAUUGCAUGCAUGAUUAUACAUUUGUAUCUUUCAUUUAAAAAAAAAUAGUUUCUUUUAUAAUAAAAAGAGAAAGAAAAAAAAAAAACAUCUGUGUCAUAUAUCAUAAUUCUAGCUAUUUCCCUUAGUUUUCCAGAGAACAAAUAUUGUAUGUGACUAUUUUUAAUUUU